AUGCAAGCUCAGAGGGAAUGUGCAUCACGUGUUCAGAUCCGAAGCCCAUACUGGGAGGAAUUUGCUAGCUUCUACAGCAGCUACCAGCUCGGCACGGCGUUGGGCAAGGGCUCUUACGGCUGCGUGUUCUUGGCGAAGGCUCUCUACUCGCAGGCCAGCUACGCAGUGAAGGUUCAGACAUCCCGGCGAACGGCGGCUCAGAAGAUCCAGCAUGAGGCCAAAGUCAGGGCCUCGGCGCCGAAAAAGAGAUCGCGGCAGGAGUUGAUGGGGGUUCACGGUUCAAGACUUUGGGGCUCUCUCCGUCUGGUAACGCGGGUUGCGGCUGUGGCAGCACCGCCUCCGAACGCCGAGAUCUGGAAGCUCUGUGCCAGCCACCGCAACGUGGUCCACUUCGUGCAGAUGCCUCUGCCUCGGCCGGAUACGUGCCAGGAGGCGGACAUCUACUACAUGGUCAUGGAAGCCUGCGACUGCUCCCUGUUUGAUCGGCUGAUCGACAAUCCGAAAUGGCACUGGGAUCAGCUGACAGGCGACCUUUUUCAGCUCGUCGCCGGCCUCCAGCAUCUGCACACCCACCGGGUUCUGCACAGCGACAUCAAGGCGGAGAACGCCUUGUAUGGCGGUUCCGAUGGGAGGACGCUGAAGCUGGCGGAUUUCGGCCUGGCCGUGUACAUCACCCCGAACGAUGGUCCGCUGACUCGCGCCCGAGGGUCGAGAUCCUACAUGGCGCCAGAGAUGCUGGCCGGGGAAGGCUAUGGCUUCCCAGCCGACAUGUGGUCCCUUGGAGUGUUGGUCUACGUGAUCUUGGUGGGGCAGUUCCCGAUCGGGCAGUCCAAGCAGACGAAGUCGGAGUUGACACGGCAAAUCAUCAAGGUGGAGACGGAGCCCAUUAGGCUCAUGAAUUUGGCCGGCAAGCUCAAGCGCAGCAUCGCAGCUGAGCAGGGCCGGCUGGAGAUGCGGCGGCGCCUGCAAGGCCCGAACACCACCGGCUCCUCGAGCGACUUUCACAAGAUCGCCCCCUCCAGCGAGGAGCCACUGACGAAUCCCUUGACAGGCAGUCAGCAGGCCCAGGACGAGACGCUGGCCCGACACCUCGCAGUGCAGGUCAAGAGGCUCAAGGUGGUGGAGUUUAUGAGGACUUUGCUGCGACGGAACCCAGAGGUGCGUUGCUCUGCGAGCGAAGCCCUCCAGGCCGAGAUCUUCAUUCAGCAGCAGAGCCAAGAGGUGCUGGACGACGACGAGGGCGACCUCCUGGUGGUGAACCGUCGGCCCCUGAAACGCCAGAAAGAUGGCGAGAAGGAGGGCGACAAGGAUGACAAAGAGGGCGACAAGGGGGCGGCCGAUCUGCAGCAGAACGCCAGCGAAGGAAGCCCUGUCAACCAACAGCGGAAGUCCGACAAGACCAGCCGGGAUCUCUCGUACCAGCCGGACUCGCCUCGCCACUCCAAGCAGGAGCCCGGGGAAGUACCGGCCUCGAGCGCGAGCGCGAAGAAGGAGAAGGAGGAGCCGGAGCCGGAGCACCAGGACGAGGAGAACUCCCUCAGUUUGCCAGGCGGCGACGCGAAGGUGCGCAUCCCGCCUCAGCGCAAGCGGUCAGUCACGGCCCUCGGCAACGAGGACUCCUCGGGUCCAGGUCGGCUGCUCCAAGUGCCGUCUCAGAAGAAGUUGAACAAGGCAAAAACGACCGGACAGCUGGACAGCGCGAAUGCUGCGGCAGAGGCAGAUGCAAACGGAAUCGGCAGCCCGCGCACUUCAGGACUGCAGUUGGAGUCUCCUCGUGCGCUGACCCCCACGGCGAUCGCAGCGCUGCAAGCCCCAGUGGCCCGGGCCGGAGGCUCUCCGACGCCGUUGACGCCUUCGAACGGACAGCCCUACCCUGGGGACAGCGACCUCCUCUCCGGGGAGCCACGCUGCGAGCACUCAAUGAGCCGCGUAAGCCGCAUGAGCAGCGUCGGGGCCAAGAGCAUCAAAAGCAGUAUGGGCGUGUCGAUGUUCAGCAGGGACCAGUCGGGAUUCGACCUGCUGCACCAGCUGGCCGGAAAGAGCGAUGCGGUGGCGUCCUCCUUCCAAUUCCAGGAAUCCGGGAUUUUGGACAGCUCCUCACCGACCCGACCACGAUCGCAGCGGCUAAACCACAUGGGGUCCGGUCAUUCCGUGCGCUCGGGGAACUCCUUCCGAUCCGGAGCCUCCGAGAUGGUCCUAGGCCCCGUUGGGGAGGGCGAGCGCAGCCCCGAGCACUCGGAAGCUGCGCUGCCUUCGCCCGCACAGCCUCGGCCGUUGCCCCCGCCGCCGGAACUGCCGGUGAACGUGGAGCCGCGCAUUCCCGAGGAGGAGGGGCCCACGCCCAGCAAGCUCCAGAGGAGGGUGAGCGCCAGCUGCUUGGCGGAUGUGGACCGUCCCAAGCCGAUGCUCAGGCGGCGAGUCUCUUUCGACGAGGUGCUCUACAUGCAGCACAUGGUGCCCGUGGUGCCCAACCAGAUCCCGUCACCGACGCCCGGCUCUAAUGCCUCGCCGGACGGCUCCAACUCCUCGGAGGAAGCAGCCGGCGGUGGCUGA